UGGGGCGGGGGCGGGACACCGCCCCGCCGCGGGUCGGGCCCUGUGUCAGCAGCCGAGCGGGCGCUCGGGCGGGACAUGGCAGGCUGUGCGGCCCGUCGGGCCCUGGCCGUGGGCAGCCGCUGGUGGUGUCGGUCGCUGGCCACGGCCCGAGGGUUGAGGCCGCUGUGCGCGGUCGGUGGAGCAGGGGCCCUUCCACUGGUGGCCACAGCGACGACGCGAAGGCAUCUGUCGUCCCGAAAUCGUGCAGAGGGCAAAGUGUUGGAGACAGUUGGUGUGUUUGAGGUGCCAAAACAAAAUGGAAAAUAUGAUACUGGGCAGCUGUUCCUUCAUAGCAUUUUUGGCUACCGAGGGGUCGUCCUGUUUCCCUGGCAGGCCAGACUGUAUGACCGGGAUGUAGCUUCUGCGGCUCCAGAAAAAGCAGAGAACCCUGCUGGCCAUGGCUCUAAGGAGGUGAAAGGCAAAACUCACACUUACUAUCAGGUGCUGAUUGAUGCCCGAGACUGCCCACACAUAUCUCAGAGAUCUCAGACAGAAGCUGUGACCUUCUUGGCUAACCAUGAUGACAGCCGGGCUCUCUAUGCCAUCCCAGGCUUGGACUAUGUCAGUCAUGAAGACAUCCUCCCCUAUACCUCCACGGAUCAGGUUCCCAUCCAACACGAGCUCUUUGAAAGAUUUCUUCUCUAUGACCAGACAAAAGCACCCCCUUUUGUGGCUCGAGAAACUCUACGGGCCUGGCAGGAGAAGAACCACCCUUGGCUAGAGCUCUCUGAUGUCCACCGGGAAACAACUGAGAACAUCCGUGUCACAGUCAUCCCUUUCUAUAUGGGCAUGAGGGAAGCCCAGAAUUCUCACGUCUAUUGGUGGCGCUACUGUAUACGCUUGGAGAACCUGGACAGUGAUGUGGUACAGCUUCGGGAGCGGCACUGGAGGAUAUUCAGUCUCUCAGGCACCUUGGAGACAGUUCGAGGACGAGGAGUGGUCGGCAGGGAACCAGUGUUAUCCAAGGAGCAGCCUGCAUUCCAGUAUAGCAGCCAUGUCUCCCUGCAAGCUUCCAGUGGGCACAUGUGGGGCACAUUUCGUUUUGAGAGACCCGAUGGCUCCCACUUUGAUGUCCGGAUCCCACCAUUCUCCUUGGAAAGCAAUAAAGAUGAGAAGACACCACCCUCAGGCCUUCACUGGUAGGCCAGCUGAGGUCCUUGAGUGCCCAGGUUGGGCCCCUCAGAACAGCUCUUAACCCAUAAUUGCUGCAGAACUCUAAGUCUCUCCCUAUUAUGGGCCUCUUAAUUUUGGGAUUCUUUGUUUGGAGGGAGAUUGUAACUUUUCUUGGAAGACCCACAUAAGACUCCUCCAAGGUCAGUCCCUGCCCAGGCCCUGCCUACAUCAUGUUCCAGCAAAGCUGUCAGGGAACCAUGUUCAGUUGUCACAGGUUGUCUGGAAUGUGAACCGUGGUCAAUAAACCAGUGCUCAUUUGGCCACGCUGGCCAUUUUGUC